GUGGCGCAGACGUACGUUUUAAAGAAUGAAGUGCCGUUGAAAAAAUAACAAACAGUAAAUUAAUAAUAUUAACGAUGUCGAGUUUGGACGUAAUCGUGAAGUGGAACGGUAAAGAAUACGUCAUAGAAAAUUUAGACGGCAACGAUACGGUCGGCGAUUUAAAACAAGUCAUACAACAGAAGACUGGUGUCUUGCCCGAAAGACAGAAGCUUUUAGGUUUGAAGUAUCAAGGUAGUCAAGCAGGUGAUGAUGUUCAGCUUUCGCAACUUAGACUUAAGUCUAGAACUAAAAUCAUGAUGGUCGGAAACUUAGAAGAAGUUAUAGCCGACGCUACUGCCACUCCUGAUGAUCUUCCAGUUGUCGUAAAUGACUUUGAUAUCGAAGAGGAUGACGUUGCUGUCGAAAACAAAGAUAUAUUUCUUGCCAAAGUUGAAAAGAGAAUAAGGGAAUAUGAUAUAAAAAUAUUAAAUCAGCCCCGUGACGGAAAGAAGCUACUCGUAUUGGAUAUUGAUUAUACUCUUUUUGAUCAUAAAUCUACAGCUCAGUCUGCUGCAGAACUGAUGAGACCUUUCCUGCACGAAUUUCUGUCUUCUGCUUACGAAGACUACGAUAUAGUAAUCUGGUCCGCGACCAAUAUGAAAUGGAUAGAAGUAAAGAUGAACGAGUUGGGAGUGUCGUCUAAUCCCAAUUAUAAAAUAGCAUUUUAUUUGGACAGUUCAGCAAUGAUCAGUGUCCACACGCCCAAAUACGGAUUAGUUGACGUCAAACCUCUCGGACUCAUUUGGGGGAAGUUCGAACAGUACAACAAUAAAAAUACGAUCAUGUUCGACGACAUUAGAAGAAAUUUUUUAAUGAAUCCUAAAAAUGGAUUAAAGAUUAAACCUUUCCGCGACGCCCACAGCAACCGUCAGCAUGACAAAGAGCUGUUGAAAUUAGCAAAGUACUUGAAAUACAUCUCAAAACUGGAAAAUUUUGACGACUUAAAUCAUAAACAUUGGGAAAAGUAUCUUCCUUCCGAAGCAAAGAAAGACAGUUUUAGACUAUGGCAAUAAUAAAUUACCGAAAGAUUUCUACCGAAAAAGCGAUCAGAAUCAACAUUCUAAGUUAAUUAUUUCACUCAUUUGAAUCUAUGUUCCAGUACAAACUAUGUAAAUUUUUAUGUUUAUGUGUUUGAUACACCAUUAGAGAUUUGGGAUGCCGAAAGUGCUGUUUAAAUGCUUGAAAUGUUGAUAAAAAAAAAAAUUACAAAUCGCCGCAUUCUUGUACAUUUAUUUUAAAAAUAUAAUAAAACCGCCAUUUUUU